GUUCGCCAGCUGGCGAAAUAAAUAAACAAAUCAGUAGGGACGCUCCUCUACUUAGUUUUAGAUAACUGUGGAUGAUUUAUGGAUGGUGUAUAUUUGUUUUAUUUUGUCUACUUGUUAACCCGUCGUAUUCCAGCGAUAAGCAGGAUGUGCUGCGGCAGGAUGAUUCAGAAUCAGAGCCGCCUGUGUUAGCUGAAUGCGAGGCCGUGAUUCGAUCGCUUUCUCUCUCAGUGAAAUUUCAAUUUAUUUAUAAUCGCAAGAACUCUUUUCAUUCGCAUCUCAAAGUUAAACCAGUACAGACACAGCGCAAUACUCAAAUAAGACACCAAAAUAUCUGAAAAACACUUGACAUUUUUCAGAUAUCACAAUGUCGAGUAUAAAUGAACUUGAGCAGCAGAUAAACAAUCUUCAAAUGAGUCUCGAAGGAGAAGUAAGGAAAACUGUAAAGAAAAUCGGACCCACAGUUCCGCCAAAGCCAAAAAAAUCACAACCGGAGAUACCGCAAAGUUACUCACUGAAGAGUGCACCAGCCCCUUCAUACAGCACAGUUUUAAACAACAUCUCAACAAAUGAGCCAAAGUCGACAAACCUGUAUACAAAUUCACCCGCACCAUACGUCCCACAGACAACGAACGUCGUAGUCGCUGAGAAAAAUAGCAACGCAGUACGCAAUAACACUCCAACAAAUGGGAGUUCAUUGGCCAAGUUUUACAACACCGAAGAAAACAUUUACACGAAUCAACAACAGCAGGAUAAAUUUCAACCAAAGUACGGAUAUGAUGAUAAGAAUUUUUAUUCCAAUGUCGGGAAUGUACCGUCUCCUCAAGUUCCCGUCGAUGACAGAGCUAGCAGAUCCACUAGGGAUGUUGUUUACGGCAAUACAGACGCAGCUUCUUCUUCCUCGAUGCAAAUGCCCCCUAAAAAGGAGAAAGAUUUGAUAUACAGUAACAUCCAAUGGAAUGUCAAGCCGGAAAAUAUGUACAGCAAUAUUCCAGGUGCUUACAGUCAGGAAGAUCUCCCACCGCCACCAGAACCUUUGGAAUAUGUUCCCUGUGCUCCAUCACAUUCAUUUCCUCCUCCACCAGAAGAACUGCCGCCACCUCCAAGCCCCGUAUCUUCCAGUUACAGUGAAUUACGUCGAGCUACUUAUCAGACCGAUUUUCCAUCGGAGAAUUACCAAAACGAUAUUUACGGUCCCAGUUCUCAGUCUUCCACGUACGAGUCCAUUUACGAACCCAUCAACCCGAGGCCUCCCUCUGAAUUAUCAUGUAACUACUCGAUGUACUCCGGAUACGGAUCAGCUCCUCCGACUCAGUUGCAAGGAAAAAUGUCGCCUGUUAAGGAGGUUGACGCGUUAACUAAUCUCUUGGUACAAGGAAUGGAGGAUGGAGCGGAUGACGUCGAUAUUUAUGGCAUAUGUUCACAGUGCGGGCGUAAAGUCGAAGGCGAGGGUAACGGCUGCUCGGCUAUGGACAAGGUCUUCCAUAUAACUUGCUUCUGCUGCUUCGUCUGCCAGGUUAAUUUGCAAGGCAAGCCGUUUUACUCACUCGAGGGAAAACCAUACUGCGAAGAGGAUUAUCUUAAUACGUUGGAGAAAUGCUGCGUCUGCACAAGACCGAUUUUGGACAGAAUUUUAAGAGCCACUGGCAAACCUUACCAUCCGUCAUGCUUCACGUGUGUUGUAUGUGGUGAAAGUUUGGACGGCAUACCAUUCACUGUAGAUGCAACUAACCAGAUUCACUGUAUUCAGUGUUUCCACAAGAAAUUCGCUCCCCGCUGUUGCGUCUGCAAACUUCCUAUCAUGCCAGAGGCGGAUCAAGAUGAGACGGUCCGCGUUGUGGCGCUGGAUAGAAGUUUUCACAUUCAUUGUUACAAGUGCGAAGAUUGCGGGCUUAUUCUUUCGUCCGAAAAUGAGGGUCGUGGCUGUUACCCAUUGGACAAUCACAUUUUAUGUAAAGGAUGCAACGCUGCCAGAGUUCAAGUACUCACGUCACACAUGACGACAGAGCUGUAAAAUUCUUUUCUUCAAAGUCAGAACGUAGGAUGGAUAAUUUUUUAACACCCAUACAUAAACAAUUCGAUGUAUAAGUUCGCAGUUUUUCAAUGUUCACGACGUGAGGUCUGAGAAACUGAAAGUAUUAUACUUAGCCAUUGACUCAUUUUACAUGAGUUUUUCAAACCCUAAAUCUAAGUUGUUGAUUGUAUCGAGUGUCAAUGUUGAUCAGAGAAUUCAUUGACUUAGAGGUAUUUAAAAAUCAAA